CAGUCAGGUAUAUUAGACUUGACACUGUACGGGUUGGUAGACACCCGCCGCAUCUACCAGCUGAUGCUCAGACGAGCGCCACAGUGAACAGUAGUCAACAUGGCCGUGCCGGCAGUGUCAGUCUUGGUGAUAGUCCAGCUGGUUGCUGUGUCCUGUAGUCAGUACGGUUCCCCGCCUCAGACCAUGGGGGAUGGGGUAGCAGUUAACUUCACUGAUGAUGCUGACUUGAUGAUAUUCCCUGAUCCGGUACCGUUUUACAUGUUCAUGUACCAUAGUAAAGUGGUAAACUUCAGUUACUCCAUCGUGUGCGACUCUUAUGACAGUUACUACGACCUGCAUGUGUUCACGGAGAUACCGAAGGUGGCGGUCCUGUCGCAGACGGGAACCUUCAACCUGACGUGUGAGGACAUGAAGGAAGGUUCCCCCCACCCACACAGGAAUGCCACCGUCGUUUCAGGUACAUUUAACAUUUCCUUACAAUCAGAUCUUAUAGGCCGGACUUGGCUCUACAUCGACAGCACGUCCGUCAACGUCACUUCCGUAAGUAACAGUACCGACGGAGAUGAUGCCAUUGGGCACUUCCGGUUUAAACAGAUGAUCACUGUGAUCCGGCCGUUACGCUUCCUGGACACUGUGGUGCGGAUAGUUGUCUACGCCUUCAUCGUCACAAACACCAUCGGCAUGGGAUGCAGCACCGAUUUGGCUGUCGUCAAGGAGGUUCUCAGGAGACCCUUCGCUCCCACGAUCGGCUUCGUGUGCCAGUACCUGUGUAUGCCACUGAUUGCGUUUGCUGUGACGAAGAUUGUGAAGUUCGAGAACCCUGCCGUUGGGUUGGGAAUAUUCGCCUGUGGAAUUUGCCCCGGGGGUGGAUCCAGCAACAUCUACACCUACCUCCUGGGUGGUGAUGUGUCACUCUCAGUAACCAUGACAACAAUCAGCGCAGUCGGAGCACUUGGGAUGGUGCCUCUGUGGAUGUUCACCCUGGGCAAGCAGUUCCACGACGACAAGAUGCAGAUCAACAUCCCCUACCUGAACAUCCUGCAGACUCUGGCCUCUGUCAUCCUCCCUCUGCUGGUCGGGAUCUCCAUCAAGUACAAAUUCCACAAGGUUGCCGCCAUGAUCCUGAAGGUCAUCAAACCAGUGACCCUCGUCACGGUGGCCCUGCUGCUGGGGGUCGGUAUUUACGCCAAUAUCUACAUCUUCAGACUGUUCAAACCUGUCACACUCCUAGCCGGCUGUAUGUUUCCCUAUGUAGGCUACGUCAUUGGCGGCAUCGUCGCCUUAAUCUUCCGCUAACCGUGGUACA